AUGAAGCUCACUGGAAUUGUUGCCUCCCUCGCCAUUGCCGGUACUGCAUCUGCUGCCGCCAUCCCCACUGACCCUGUCAAGGGCAUCACCACCAGACUCGACGGCGCCCUGGGCAGCCUCGAGUCUGUCCUAGGCAAUCUCCUCGGUGGCGCUCCUACCGAGAACUUGGUCGAAAUCAAGAGUGAGCUUCAACAUGUCAAAGUCCAGCUGAGCCAGUGUUCUAGCUCCCACAACCAGCGCGAUCUCGAGGACACCGUUGAGACUGCUGUAGAGCCUGUGACCAACAAAGCCGGCGAGACAGCCGAAACCGUGAAGGGUGCUGCCGACUCCGCCGGCGUCAAGCGCCAGACCGACCAACUCGAGACCCUCUCUAAGGGACUCUUGCAGAAAAUCAAGGGCGGUGAUCUUGAUGCUGCUGGACUUCAGAAUGUCCUUGGCCUGGUCCAAUCGAACAACAUCCCCGCUGUCGGUUCUCUCCUGGGAAUCUUGCUGUAA